CUCCUCCUCUUCCUUCUGCUGCCGCCACGACGCGUUGCAAAUGCUCAGCUUCUUCUGGCUGAGGUGAGGGCAGAGGGGAUGCCCAGGGGGUGACGUGGGGACAGUGGCGUGCCGGCGGAGCUGGCGUAGGAGCGGUGCCCGCUCUGGCUGGGGCGGUGUCAGGAGAGGUUUGGGGCAGUGACGUGGGGGGCGGUUUGGGGUGAACUGGGCUCCCUGCGCUUCAAAGGGGACAGAUAUUUAGGAAGAGUGGGCGCAGGGCUGGUUUGGGCAGCGUGGGCAGGUGGACUGUGUGGCAGCUCGAUACUGCGGUGGUACGGACCGUGGUGGGCCCGGAUGUGGUGGUCUCAGCCGUUGUGGUCUUGACCACGGUGGUCUCUUUGCCAAGGAAGCCACGGGGAGCAGGUGGGCACCUGCUCUGGGCGGUGCUGUUGGGUGUCCUCAUGCUUGGGCAGUCUGUCCCCUGCGUCGCUGGCACCUAUAAGGGCUCGCACACAGCUCUGCUCCCUGUCUGGGCUGGUGGCAGCGGUGCUGGGGACCUUUGUCCCCCACUAAGCAUUCAGGGGACUUUGUUCCCAUGCUGGCCUCACUGCCCAUAGCCCUGGGGAUGGGUAGGAGCCAUGGGAGGAGGAUGAGGACGGAGGCUCCCAGCCGUGUUCACAGCACCAAAAGUUUCUCAUGGCUCUCAGAGCCUCAGCAAAGGGAUCCGGGUUACGCUUUCUGGGCCUGGUACCUCUCUCUGCUCUAUGGAACCCCGAUGGAGGGCAUGAAAUGUGUUCCCAAAAAGGCUCUUGCAGAAGUGGGUCACUCGAGGGGUGACAGAGUGAGAGCAUCAUCGCCUGGGUGAUACAUCCCGUUGCCAUGGUGACCUGGGGCCUGCAUCAGUCAACAGCUUUAAACAUUUGACAGCUGAGUGAGACGGAAGAUUUUAAUGAGGACAGACACUUGCUUAGUUUCAAUAACCGAAUUCUCUAUAAAUACCCUCGGUCUGAAUGGCUGCGGGUCUCCAGUGUGCUGUGUCUUUUAAAAAUGGUCAAGGGGAACGUUGUAGUCCCUGAAGACAUCCUGAGUUUCUGUUGCAAUGGCCUCCAGGGCUCGACCUCACCGCCGUGCACCCAGGACGCAGGGGAGCAGCAGGAGGAGGCUGCGGGGGCCAUGGGUGGCCACAACCCUACCGAGGUACAGAUGAGCCAACUGGUGCUGCCCUGCCACAGCAACCAGCGUGGGGAGCUCAGCGCCGGGCAGCUGCUCAAGUGGAUCGACACGGCUGCUUGCCUCUCGGCUGAGAGACAUGCUGGCUGCCCGUGCGUCACCGCCUCGAUGGAUGACAUCUAUUUUGAGCACACCAUUAGCGUCGGGCAAGUCGUUAACAUCAAAGCCAAAGUGAACCGAGCCUUCAACUCCAGCAUGGAGGUGGGCAUCCAGGUGAGCUACGAGGACCUGUGCAGCGGGAAGCACUGCAGCAUCUGCAAGGCUUAUGCCACCUUCGUGGCGCAGGGCCCCCUAGGCACCAAGGUGAAGCUGAAGCCGCUGACCCCGCAGACGGAGGAGGAGAAGAUCGAGCACAGCAUUGCAGCUGAGCGCCGUCGGAUGCGGCUGGUGCACAAGGACACCAUCAAGGACCUCCUGACCCGCAGCACCAGUAACACCGAGAUGGAGACAAGGGAUGGCAGUGUGGUGGUGCCGGCUGAGAAGACGCGAGUGGAGAGCGUGGAGCUGGUGCUGCCGCCGCACGCCAACCACCAGGGCAACACCUUUGGUGGGCAGAUCAUGGCCUGGAUGGAGAACGUGGCCACCAUCGCGGCCAGCCGGCUGUGCCAUGCCCACCCCACGCUGCGUGCCAUCGAGAUGUUCCACUUCCGCGGGCCGUCGCAGGUUGGGGACCGCCUGGUACUCAAAGCCAUCGUCAACAACGCCUUCAAGAACAGCAUGGAGGUGGGGGUCUGCACCGAGGCCUAUGACCAGGAGAUGUCUGUUAGCCGGAGGCACAUCAACAGCGCCUUCAUGACCUUCGUGGUGCUGGAUGAGGAGGGCCGGCCCCGCACGCUGCCCAUGGUCGUGCCCCAGCCAGGGGAUGGAGAAAGGCGGUACAGAGAAGCCAGUGCUAGGAAGAAGAUUCGGCUGGACCGGAAAUACGUUGUCUCCUGCAAGCAGACAGAGGUGCCGCUGUCUGUGCCCUGGGACCAAAGCAAUAAGGUGUACCUGAGCUACAACAACGUCUCCGCGCUGAAGACGCUCGUAGCCAAAGCCAACUGGGUGCUGGCCAGGGAGAAGGAGAAGGUGCAGAUCUACACGCUAGAGGAGGACAAGUUCCUCUCUUUCCGCAUUGAGAUGUCGGUGCACAUCUCAGCCAGCCAGGCCUUCUCCCUGCUCUCCGACCUGCGGCGCCGGCACGAGUGGGACAGCCACUACGAGAGCGCCGAGCUGGUGCAGCAGGUGGAUGAGGACGAUGCCAUCUACCACGUGCUGAGCCAGACGCUCAGCUGUGAGAACAAGCCGCAGGACUUCGUCAUCCUGGCCUCCCGGAGGAAACCCUGCAGCAGAGGGGACCCCUACGUGGUGGCCUUUCGCUCGGUGACGCUGCCCACGCACCCCCCCAGCACCAACUACACACGGGGUGAGACGCUCUGCUCCGGCUUCUGCGUGUGGCCGCAGUCGGAGGAGAUGAGCAAGGUGGCUUACUACAACCAGGCGACGCCGGGGUACCUCAACUACGUCACCACCAACGUGGUGGGGCUGUCCUCCAACUUCUGCGCCACCUUCGAGGCCUGUGAGAAGUUCCUGUUGAAGAACAAGGACGACCUGAUCGCACGGCUGCAGGACCUCUAGGCCAGCCUGGGGCUUUGCUGUUAUCCAUGGACAGACGGAUGGGCUGGCAAGGAGGGGCGUGGGGACGGCGUGGUGGCACUCAGACCGUGCCUCACUGGGGCUUUGGCCUGAGCAAGGUCAGUGGGAUGGGGACGGAGGGCUGUCACAGGGAUGUGCCACCCUCACACUGAUACUUCACGUCCAGUCCUGUUUUUUUUUUUCCUUCCUAAUUUUAUAAGCUGCUGAGUAGGACUUGAAUUUUAGUUCAACUAAUGCUACUUGAAUCUUUGUACAACCCCAACUCUUCCUAAUACUGAUUUUUUUUUUUUUUAAUUGUUUCUUAAUGAGAGAAAGAUUUUUGUAGUGGUGGGGGUAGGGGCUGUGCUGGGGGAGGUGCUGCUCCACUAUCCCAGGCUGCAGGGCAGGGUUGGGGCACGGCCACGCUGGCCCUUGGCUCCCACCCAGAGCAGGGGGAGAUGCCGCUGCUGGGUGGGAAAUGGGCUGUUAGUGCAUCCACAGUGGGGCUGUCAGGCUUUCUCUGUUCCUGCAAGCAGAAGGCGGGCUGCCACCACGUCCCCCUGCCUCACACCCAAUAAUUCAGGUUUCCAACCCAAGGUGCUGCUGGGAUUCCCACGCUGGGCUGAAAUCCCAACCCCAUCGCGCUGCCCUGCAGUCCUGCUGCUGACUGCGGCUCUGCGUGGAAGGGGUGGCAAUAAAAGCUCAUCAGAAGGAAAAACCUU